UCUCUACAGUGUUUCUCUCUCGAGUCCAAUGUCCAUGUUGGAUAACGGGAAGGCAACUUUUCAGCAGAGCGCAGUAUAAUAAUGAGUCUGGCAGGAGCUGCAGGACGCGGGCAGUGGAGCGGCUCAGGCGGCGCGGCUUUAAGCUGCAACCCCCGCAAAUUCAGCGAGAAGAUCGCCCUGCAGAUUCAGCGGCAAGCCGAAGAUAUAGCCGCCUUCCAGGAGGUCAUGAUGGACAUCACCUCCACCAGGGUUCAGGCUCAGAAAGUCCGUCAGGCGAGGAGCUUGGCAUCAUAUUAUGGAGGAUCCCUGCCAAAUGUCAGUCAGAUAUCAGCAUGUCAAACCGGAAAUCAGAGCCAGUUCCUGUCUAAUCCAGAUUACAAUGUCACCCAGCAGCACCAUGUGAGGACAGAACAUGGCCAGAGAGAUCACAGACCUAGCAUCUAUGGCCGGCCAAACAGGAGACAUAUUGACAGCGCCCCCUAUCUCUCUGUCCACUUGUCUCCUCCAUCAGGCCCCAGCUGGCGGCGGAACUGGUUCGUCAGAUCUGCAAAUGAAAAAAGCCAGAUGGACCAGACUCCGAUGACGGCCCUUAGUAGGACUCGCUCAGACUCUGCCCUUCACACCAGCGUGAGGAUGACCUGCACCGGUGACCCGAAUCCUGAACAGGUCUUGACUGGAUGCUUCAAAAAAACUGGAACCCAGCUCUUUUCACCACCAGUACCUUUGAUUGAAGAGAACAUCCAGGAGGAAGGAAGGACUCCUAAAUUUCAGAAGAUACCGUCAGCAUUAUCUGCUUGUGACACUCCUGGAAAUCACAUAAGUGGCUCUCUGCCAGACCUCUCCAGUCUGUGUCUACCAUCUGCAGCAACCGAGGCUUCAAAAUUGCAACCCCAGAUUAACACCAACCCAACUAGCGGCGCCACCGACAUGCACCACCUACCCAGCAGUGCCUCACAUGAAGUCUCAACUGACAGUGAUUUUUCCCUGCCCAGUUUGUCAUCAUCUCUCCAGGCAAUGAUCAGUAAUCCGUCGCUUCAGUCAUCUCUCAGCAACCCUAAUCUCCAGGUGAUGCUUAGCAGCCCCUCGCUACAUGACUCUCUAAGCUCCACGUCCCUGUGCACAUCACUAAGCAGCUCGUCUCUGAAGUCCUCCCUUAGUAGCCAGUCUCUGCAGUCCUCCUUUAGCAGCUCGUCUCUGAGUAACCAGUCUUUCCGAUCAAUGGCUAGCAGUUACAGUAGUGGGAUCGGUGGAUCUCGCUCUUGCUCCUCAUCGUCUCUAUCCUGCUCACCGCGUACUAGUGGGCAGGUAACUCUGUCAAAUACAACUUCAUCAGUCAGGAGAAGCCAGAUUAGCCCAUUAAUGCUGCCCAGUGGUGAAGAACCUCUUUGGCAACAACCGACUCUGUCUCCUACACUCUCCUGCAUUAACCAGGGUAUUGCAUUAAACAGCACGAAAGGAAGACAAGAGGUUAAGCCACCACCAUAUCCUUACAGUCAGUUUCCUCUAACAGGAACUCCUAAGGUUCAUAAUUCUUCUCCGUCUUGGCAGCUUCAUCAUUCCGAGGGAUGGGAUCAGUGCAGACAAAGCCCCAGAUGGUGCCAACAGCAAGACCCAAAGCUGUUAAGCUCUCAGUGUAAACCACAACCACAUUUUAUGCAGCAUUUAAACCCACAAUGUCAAACACAUGACAACAUGCAGAGUUCAUAUCACCACACACCCCAGCAACAGCUAGACAAACAAACACCAACUGCACCACAGCAGUACCAACAGACUCAAAGUGAUCAACAAUCGCAGCAGCAACCUAUAGACUGUGCAUUGACUCCACGAUAUUUACCCCAACAUGCACAGCAAUUUCCACCACAGCAUCAACAGCAAUACCAGCAACUCAACCAAUGUGGCAAUCACCAGCUACAACUCAUAAACCAGAACCAGUUACACUACCGAAAUAAAGAUGAAGAUCCUCAGUACCAGCAACCUCUUCACCAUCCCACUGUCUUGGCAGCUCAAGAUGAAUCAUGGAACGAUCUAUUAAAUCAUCAAGACCCCUCUAAUAUUAAAAUACAAAGAUCUUUUGAGACGCAUAUGCAUUUGAAAGAACGGCCAAAACUUCAGUCCAAGAAGCUGGUCCAAGAAACUGAAAGAGAGAGAGCUCACAGCUCUAAACCAGUCCAUUCUGAGAAAGAGCUCCAGUUUAGUAAAAUGGCUUCAACCAGUUCACUGGAUAAUGAAUUCGGGCUUCACAAUAAAUCCUACACUGGCCUUCAGCUGACACCAAGCCAGACAGAAGCUCUCUCACAGAAGCUUGGCCAACUCCAAAAGGUCAACAGGAAUUCUGACUCCAAAUGUCAGGAUGUAGAGGGGAAACACCUGUGUGAUAUUGAGCACCUCAGGAACUCACCAACCCCGACUUACAGUGAUGUGUCCUGUAGUUUUCCCAGCAUCAGUUGUGCAGUACCACCUGACUGCUUGGAUGAUGUGAUUUCAGAGCUGCCAUUCUCAGUUCCAGAAUUUGACCUGGACUCCUUUAUCCUGGCAGACUGAAUUGUGAUGGAUUAUAGCUAAAUGCAAAUAUAAAGUAGUUUACAUUAGCAUUAGUAAUCAGAUUUAAAUGUACUAAAGGAGGAAGAUUAAAUAUUUAACGAGGGCCAUAAAACAUGGUUCACAGUGUAGUAGUAGAGGAAAUGGGCCUUAUGUACAGAAUUUGAAAUAGUUUACAAACCUUUAUUAAUAUUUCAGACUUUAUUUUAAAAUCAUUUUAAUGUUCAGUCUUACUUAUAAAGAAAAAAAAUAAUAACUUAAGUUACCUUUAAAGCUUGAAUAGUUCUGAACCAGUUUGGUCUAAUUGAUUGAUCACUGACUGCUUUCUUCAUGGCACCAACUUAAAUGAAAUGUCUAUAUAAAUGCUUUGCACUAUAAAACCAUAUUAAUGUAAAAUAUUUAAUAUUAAGCAUAUAUUAAAUAUAAAACUAACUCGUA